AAGGUGUGUCAUGUGACCCCCCCUCUAACAACUCCUCCCACUUCCCUCUACCAAUCAGGAUGGGUUUUGCCCCUGUAGGACUGCCCAAAGAGGAGAUUUGACCCACCAGGGCGAGUUCCGGGGCGGGCUGUCCUCUCCGGAAGUGGGUCGUAUGACCCCUCUAACAACUCCUCCCACCAACCUCUACUAAUCAGGCCGCCCUGAGAGCAGAUUUGACCAAAAUAGGGCAGGUUCUGGGAUGGGGUGAACCUCCCAGGAGAGGGGCGUUUGACCCCUCUGCCAAUCAGAGCACAGCACCAUCACCCCAUUAGUCCCAGCGUCAGGCAGAAGAGGCCAUCUUUUACCAAGAGCGCAUUUUAGAAAUCGUGGAAACAUGGACUCCUUCACCACCCCGGUGAGAACUUCGGCCUUUGUUUUAGCCCCAAGGGUCUUCGACAAACCGCAGAGAAACCACUACAUCAGUGAGAGUUCCGAGGAGGAGGAGGGGGCGACUGAGGGGAGCCCUUUGGCCCAGAAAUUGAUGGAUACGCUGGAACCCAAACCCAGCGGCUUGCGAGGCACCCUGAUGAGUGUGAUGGCCUCUUGUUCCCCCUGGAGGAGGAGGAAGGCAAUCGCAGCGUGGGGGAGUCACUAGUGGACAAGAUGAACGGAAAAGACAACGCUCAGUUUGACGAUGCCUUUCUAGAGGACCCGGAGACCCUGGACAGCGUUGCAUCAAGCAGCGAAGAUGAACCAGGCCCACCUUGUUUUUGCUCCACGCCGAUACAAAAUGUUGAAGAGGACUCCGAGGAUGACGGCUAUGAGGAGUUUAGGAGGAAGCUUGGCAUGGAACUGACUGAGCCAGUGCCAUGUCGUGAGCGUAAAAAAGUCAUGCAGACUAUUGUAUGUGUUGCUGUUUAUGCUGUUCUUAAUCACUGUCUUAGGGAAAAGCUUUUUGAAGAUUGUGAGGGCUGUGUCAUAGAUGCACCAGGCCAGCAGCACCAUGACUGUGCGACUUGGACUUCAGUGGAUAUAAACUGCAAGCUCUGGGGCCUGUGUGCUGAGCUGUGUUUGGAAAGCUUAUUAAACACUGUUAUUGCCAUAGGUUAUGCUAUGCAAUGUCUGUGCCUAACCCAAGAACAUUUAGCGCAAGGGGUGCCCUUGAUAAAUGCUGUGCAAUUCAGUGGAGACCCUGACCACAUUUUACAGAAAAUGACCAAACCAGAAGACGCCUGCUUAGAGCAUUAUAUUGACCGUCUGGUCUGCACAAAAAGUUACAGAACCCUGCUUAAGAAAAAGGCUAUUUGUAAGCAAUCUAAAAGGAUUAAGUUAGAAAAUGGUGAGGGGCCAAACAUGCAAUAUAAAACUUGGUAGCUAUAAAUUAAAAAAAAAUAUCUAUUGAAAAGGGCUUUGUGACUAUCUGUAUUUCUGUUAAAAGAUCUCUGGCCCUUAAGGGAGCUUAAAGUUUUUUUUUUUUGUUUUUUUUUUAAAUGGAGCAUCUUGGUUUGUUUUCAAGGAGCUGUAUGUCUUUUAAAUAAAAAAAAUUGUGAGAACCUAGCUCUUGUGUCUUUUGUGUAAGAGAGACCCAUUUACAGCAAAAAAGCUGAAAUGUAUGUUGUGGGAGGGGAAAAAAUA